GCUCCUGGCUCUGUCCAAGGUCCCCUGAACCUCCCCUCGUCUUCCGAGGGCUGUGGCAGUGCCAAAACACUGGUAGCGUUAAGAUAGAUUCUCAAACGGUACUGCCUCUGGCUCGUGUUUAGAUAACUUAAUUAUUUGCUGCUCAGGUGUGGUUCUCCUCCAGUUCCUCCCCUCAGAUACUUCACUACUACUUUAAAAACAGCAGGUAGUCAGUUCUUUGGUAUGGGGAGACAAAAGACAGAAGACUGUUUUUCGUGUCACUGUUGGCAGCCUUUUUUUCUGUGAAUGCUGGACUUGCAUCUUUUAUGCUGUCGUUGCAGAAUUGUGGCCUUGUGUUACAGAGGCCUCUCAGAACUACAGAAAUAUUUGCACAAUUUUUUCCCUACACCUAUGCAACUGUAAACCCUUCAGGCUAGGGUCUGUGUCGUGUCAGUGGAAGUCAUGCAGUCUGUUGUGAUGCUAGCAGUGUGCAAAACAAUAUGCUAACAACUUUAGUGUUUAAAGUAAUUGUCAUACAGUCCUUACAGAAGGAAUGAGGCUGAAAUGGCAAAGUGCGUGUGCUUCUGGCUGCUACGCUUGACCAUCGUUUUGCAUGUUCAGUCAGCUGUAUGCUUUGGCUCGUCUUCAGCAAGGUUUGAAACUUUGCUUCCUUUUGCACACACUUUCGGUGCAACUGUUGAGGAUUGGAGUGCAGCACUCUCAGGCUGCCUGACCGGAAGCAGGCAAUAAGGGAGCAGGCUAGUGCAUGUGACAUAGGAAGAGUCUGAGUAAAACUUAAGAGCCAUGGCAGCACGCUGGAGGAGAAUCCUGAUAACAUUUGUGGCAGCUCAAGCACUAUUUGCAGUAAAUACCUUUGAGGAAGAAGAUGUGCCUGAAGAAUGGAUUCUUCUUCAUGUUGUUCAAGGUCAGAUUGGAGCUGGAAACUACAGCUAUUUGAGACUAAAUCAUGAGGGAAAGAUAGUACUUCAAAUGCGGAGUUUAAAAGGUGAUGCAGAUUUGUAUGUAUCUGAUAUGACUCUUCACCCCAGCUUUGAUGAAUAUGAGUUACAGUCUGUAACUUGUGGCCAAGAUGUCGUUCAUGUACCAGCCCACUUCCGCCGCCCAGUGGGAAUAGGGAUUUAUGGUCAUCCCUCUCACCUGGAGAGCGAGUUUGAAAUGAAAGUAUAUUAUGAUCGAACAGUUGUACAAUAUCCAUUUGGUGAGGCUUCUUACAACCCUGAAGAAAUGGAGACAAACCAGAAAUACUCACACUCAACAGAAGAUGAAUCUCAGGAUGAGGAGUCUGUUUUCUGGACUAUACUUAUUGGAAUAUUGAAACUAAUACUUGAAAUUCUUUUUUAAAUUGAUUUACACUGGACUAAAUCACAUUUCAGUCUGUGAAACUGAACACAAAUGACUUGCUGUAAUACUUAAUAUUCUUUGUGAAGUUUCCUGAAGAGGUAUUCAGGUUACUUUUUCUAUACCCAGAAAGGAAGGGGGGAAAAGCCAUACUUAAUUUUAAAUCCUCCCCUACAUGUAAAAUGAGCAGCAAGCACAGUACUUAAAGUGUUCUUCAGAGAUAAAGGCUUAAAAAUGAAAGUACAGAUGGGAAUCUUACUAAAUUCACUUUAAAUAGGUGCUUAGGCAAUAAUCAGCUAGUCUAAUUCAGUAUUUUCUAUCAAUUUUUUAUUAAAAAAAAAAGAAAUGCUGCACUUCAGUGCCCCCUCUCAAUUUAAAACAUAUUAAAAAAAAUAAGAUCUGCUGCUUCUCUGAACGAGCAUCUUCAGUAAAAGCUAUCAGCAAUGGCUUUUGAGUCAAGUUGAGGAGCCUAGGGUGAAGGGAAGGAAAAACCAAAUAAACACCGAGGGCAAUAGGUGAUCUAUAUUUUGACUGCUUAUGCUCUAUAUUGUUUAAGUCGACCAUCUGCAAG